AAGUCCUUUGGCAAAUGAUCAUGAUGUAGUUCUAGUUAUUUUCGUAGCAUUAUUAGUUUAUUCUUCCCGGCGCCCAGGAGAAGACAUUCGGCGUAAGGGGGGCAACGUGGUAUUUAUGUCUUUGAAAAAUUUACAGUGCAGUAAUAUCCAAAAUGAUGCUCACCCACAAGAAUCUGCGGCGUCGCUCUCGCGAAUACCAUAGCGCGUACGAUGGAACGGCACCAUAUGGAAGCGUCAGGUUUGAAAUCGACAAAGUUGAGAAUGAGAUAGUUUGUGAUGCAUAAAAUGCAACCCACAAAGAGCCGGUCUUGCAGAGUAGGCAAGGGAGACAGAUGGUAAGCCUGUUGAGGGGUAGAAAUAGAGGUGCUAAAGUAGCAUGAUAGAAGGCGGCUUCCUUACCCAAACAGCAUUACAAACUGGAUCCCGGUAGUUCUACCCAAAUUUGUCAUGCGCCACUUGAAAACUAGGUACCAACUGGUAUCCGUUUUAUGCAUUGCAAAUUACUCCAACUUUGACGAUUUCAAUCCUGACGCUUCCAUACACCAGCGCGGGGGAGCGGCACCUCCAACGACCCCUCGAAUGCAUCUUCAACCGGCGGAGAGGUUAAUCAAAUUAGCAGGGAACAACUAGGAACAAACAGUGGUAAUAUCAACUGUGAAAAUGUCUGGGUCUGGCAGAAUUCAUGUUUGUCAUGCUUGUCUGGCAUGACUCUUAAAUCUGUCAUGCACGUUACCCAAGAGCUCCGUUUUUGAAGCGCAGUUUGUCAUGCAGAAUAGGCAACACCUAGGAGCUCGGAAACUUGUCAUGCUGAGCCAGCAUCUGUAGCCUCAUCAUGAGACGCCACGCAGCAUCACAAGUUUCCAGACCCAGACCCUUUUACUUUUGAUACAUAAUGGAGGCCAACAACUCCAAACCGGUCCUCUGGGGCUUCCCGUAUGAAAGCCUCAGGUUGGAAAUCCUCAAAGUGAAAAAAAUUUGUAAUGCAAAAAAACGACUCCAGUUGGAGCACCAUUUCUAGUCGGCGCAUGACAAAUUUCCCGGGCACUCAAAACGUGUCUGUCAUGCUAGGUAGGCAAAGGGGUGCCCUUCUGUCAUGCUAAUCAGCAUCCCAAUUCUGAACCCGUAGAAGCACAGUAGUCGGCCUCCAUUUCGUUCUCUGCAAUACAGACUUUUUGGUGUCGCAUUACAUGCAUCACAAAUUAUUUCCACUUUGAGGAUUUCCAUUCUGAGGGUGUCAUAUCCCGCGCCGGGGUCGUCCACCCUCCGACGGUCAGAUUCGAACUAUGAAUUGCAAAAGUAUCGUACUACUUGUAAAAAUUGCAUUACAAAUUAGCUCAGCAUGACAAAGAAAAUUUGUAAUGCUAAUGCGGAUUUACCAUAAAAGCAAAAUUUGUAAUGCAUAGAUGCCCAGGACCAGGUAGACUCAGUCCCGACCGAAGUGGUAGGCGCUUAGGGUGAACUAUGUAUGUAGCGCUUAGGGCCCUUCCGCACGGCCAAUUUGUAUGUCCCGCAACGGGGUUCGCCUAUGUCGGUCAUUUGUAUGCGAGGCGAUGGGUUACCCGGUCGGCAGAGCCGAUCCACAACGAACGAACGAUAGAUGCAAUUACUACAUCAUACUUUUGCAAUGCAUUCGAACAGCACGAUUGCGAGUUUGGAAUCUGCGAUCAACGUGGGGAUUGGGUCGGACACGGUGCGCCAGAGCAAAAUCCAAUUUCUCCAGUCGAAGGGGAUAUACGGCGGAAACGCCCCCACCGUCGUCGAGGCUCCGUCCUCUGCGGAACAGUCGCAGUUCGAAACGACUUUUCUGUCCGGGAAACAGCAACCAGAAAAUCUUCCUGCUGUUCCUCGGUCCCUCACCCCCGUUGCUGCUGGCACUAGAGCUGCGAGUCGCCAACUCACCACGGGGCCGGGGGGCGCGCCUUUGCCGGGAAGCAAACCGCAUUUGGAUUCCUUGGAUGGGUGUAGGUUUUUGCUAGUUCUACCCAUCAUCAUCGGCCACUUUAUACCGGCGGCACUUGCGACGGCACGACACGAGAAGCAGAACCAGAUCUCGCUGCCGCUCCUGAAGUUUCUGACAUAUCCACAGCAAAUUUCCCGUACACGUACAAAUGCGGUCUCCGCAUGACAAAACUUGGCUUCGAUCCUAGUUUAGCAUGACAAGUUUUACGCUCCAAAUUGGUGAAAUUUGUGAUGCAUUUUGUACAUGGGCGGGAAAUUUGUAUUGCAUAUGACACACGAAAAUGUCAUCGUCGGCGGUUUUUUCCUCUUGUCGGGCUACGUCAGCGGCUACACGGGAAGCAAGUUGGGCGAGCGCGUGCACGAAGUGGAAAAACUGAAGAACCGCUAUUCUGCGUAAAAACGUCCCCACCCCAGCCCAUGCCAGCACGCGCAUCGCAAUAGAUACCUCACAUACACAGUGGCCACAUAGAUUAUGCUUCUCUUCUCGUCGUAGUUCGUUCUCCCCUCUUUUUCAUCUGAAAAUUUGAAGUUUCUCUGUGCUUUAAUUUGGUCUUUCCAGCACAUAAACACCCCAGAGCUGUCAUGCAAAUUUGCGCGCCAAAAACGCCCACCCCCCGGGGAGGGGAUCCUUGACCUGUGGCGCUGGGUGCGGGUGUCCACUACAUGAUGAUGAUGAUGAUGCGGAGCCCCGUGAGAAGCGUUUUCUAUUCGUAUUUGGGAACUUGUGAUGGUAGAAUCUGCAUGAUAUGCUGGAUCUGUAAUGCUUCUGAAGUAUCUAAACAGGAUUACACUAUGAAAACAAACUUGUCAUGGGAAACAAACAAAGCUGGCGGAUUUGUAUAGCAGAUUUCGCAUCUUGACUCUGUUGUGGGGAUGUUUUUACUCAGAAUAACCGCGAGUCCUACUUCUUCCAGCGGGUCAUGACCUAUUACCCGCUGCAUUUGCUGUAUCGCAACAAAAAACUGCUUCACCGUGAACUUGUGAUGCAGAAAAUGCAUCGCAUUUGUGUUUGUCUUGCUGUUGCUACACAUGCAAGAUAAGGCAUUUGUAGGCAAACUUUAUUCCCAUAGGAAGCUCGCAUAACAAACUUCCUCUGUGGAGGUGUAGAGCAAACUUGUAAUGCGAAACAACUUGCAAAAUCAUCACAGUGAAAGAACAGUUUUUUCGUGGGAUAUGCUGCUCACCACGAUGUUUAGUCCGAUGUUUCUGUACCUGGAUCGGUACGUGUACAACAUUAGCUGGAGGAAAACGCUGUUUCAAAUGUUCCUCAACUUUAUGCAUUGCAAAACUAUGGCACUCGUAUAAUUGCAAUCAUGCAUCACAAAUUUUUUUCUUGCGGUAAAUCAGCAUUACAAAUUUCAUUUCUCAUGCUGAGGAAAUUUGUGAUGCAUUUACACGAUUGCGAUACUUUUGCAUUGCAUAAACUUUGCCCUCCUGCAGGCCUGGUUCCCCUCCGCGGCGGAGAUUUAUAACCCCCCGACCUGGUUUAUGGCGUUCUCAAACGUUACAUUGUCAAGUGUUACGUGAAUUGGUAAUGCAAGAACGGAAUGAGUCAAGGUGGCAAGCUUGCUGCUUUCGCAUCACAGAUUUGGCACGGAUUUAGAUGCUGUUUGGCCCUCCGUAGAUUUGUCAUGCGAAGUAGCUUGAUCAUCUGGCAGCUUUUGGUAGUUUUGCAUGACAAAUCCAUGUAACAGUUGAGGAUGUAACAUUUGAGAUUCCCAUAUGGUUUCUGUCCGCCUGGACAUUCUCGAACCUGACCCUACCCGGCUUCGUGUAUGGCGUUCUCAACUGUUACAUUCUCAACUGUCACAUGGAUUUGUGAUGCAAGAACUGCAAAAGUCAAAGCAGGGAGGUUGCACCUGUAGCACUACAAAUUCCGCACAGAUUUAGGCGCUGUUUAGCCUUUCCAAAAUUUUUCAUGCGAAGUAGCUUCACCUUGUGAAUGUUGAUGCUCGUUUUGCAUUACAAAUCAUGUAACAGCUGAGAACGUAACAGUUGAGAACGCCAUAUCGUGAUCCCUCAGAUUGCGAGUUUGUCGAAAAAAUCCGGGUUGGCGAAAUAUGACCUGCUCAAACGUUACAAUCUCAAGCGUUACAAUAGAAACUGGAUUUUCUCUUGCAUGAUGAGCAUGACAGACCCACACAGCGUUCCACUUUCUGCAAUACAAAUUUCGCCAGAUGAUUCUAGUGCGGUUUCUUUCGGACGACUCCGAAACUUGUCAUGCGCAAUGGUGUGCUAGGAGUAGGCUAGAUCGUGUAGCUGCGGCAACUCCGAUUUCCAUACCCUGUGCUAACGCUUGAGAUUGUAACACAUGAACAGGCUUCUAUACGAAACUGCGGCAGUUUCUGACUUCUGUGAACAUCCUACAGAAAUUUGCCUACGCCUACAGCACCGGUCGGGUAUUGUUGUCUUCGGGGAAGUAUCAAAUGCAAAUAUGUCUGGGUCUAGAAGGUAUCAACUACUUGUAAUUACACAAAAUAGAACACACUUCAAUCCCAAAAUAAAUCUCCUUUCUUCCUUUUUUCUUUGUUUCCUUUUUUCCUUCCAAUUCGCACGCAAUAAUUAUCGCUACGGGCCUUGAGCGCUAGCCUAAACCGGAACCGAAGUCCCAGCCUAUCGAUAUGCGACCCGAUUGCCUGUCAGCGUCCAGAAAAGUUCCACAGCAAUAAAAGAGUCUCCGGUUGAAAUUUGUGAUGUCACUCAGUUCGUUUUUUUUCCUUUCGUCAUACAUCGCGAAGCUUUAAAAUGAUCUUUUUUAUUUUUGGCAAGUAAAACCGACCACAUGUGCCGUUACGCAUUACAGAUUCCAUUUUGAGAAACACGGAAUUGUCAUGCAGUUCGGAACAAGUAUGCAUUUUCUAUGAAGAUCAUUUUAUUUCGUAUCACAAAUUUUGUACCGACUGCUCUUUUUUACGAUCCGCUUUGUAACCAUUCUAUGAAAGUUGGAUAACAUUUUCUAUCGUGCGUAAAUAUAAACUCCUCCGAGGGUAUGCUCGUUUUUGUGCAACUUCUGUGCAAAAGUUGUCUGCUGGCUUACAAACUGGUAAAAGAUCUGUCAUGCGAAAUUUGUAAUGCAGGAAAAAGAGAGCAAGCUGUAACCAAAAACUAGCUCAUGUAAGACUAAGAUGCAUGGCAUACAGCUUUAUAUCUUUUCGCGCGAGAAAAUGUUUCAUUUUUGAUCGGGGUGGAUGGACGUGGUUGAGGUUUGCAUUUGUAGUUAAAAUUACCAUCCAGAGCCCGCUAAAUCAUACACGUAAUCCUAUUUCCUCUCAGUACAUCCUACAACACAGAACUAAAACUACCUAUACUAGCCGGCUGACAGCAUUUUGAGUUCCUUUGAAAAGCGACAACGUGUCACUUUUCAAUUUCCGAAUCAAGAUGCCUUGACAUGUCUAUAGCGGAGCUGGGCGUAACCAUGCUCCUCUCCGGGUAUAGACGCCGGUAAACUAAAUAUGAAUAAAAUACAGAGCUACUUCUAGUCUACUUCUAGCUAUAAAUCUAAUCAACUAGUCACGUCCUAAAAAUAUACUACCCUACUUCAGUGCCUUCGAAAGCUUUCUACUUUCCUUCGCGAACCUCAUUGGCCUUUCCUUCUCAACUACUCCCAAGCGUCGCGAAUUCCUUUCUCGAACUUGUAGCGGAACAGGCGAUAUUUUCGGAAUCUGUGAUGCUUCUCCGCGAACCUCUUCGCAAUUCUCGUCCACUGGUCCCGCCGGAGUUUUUUCUCGGAGAAGAUUUUUGCGACUUGCUUCACUCCUUUGUAGAAGUCGUUUUUGUUAUCACAAAAUCUGAAGAAGUUUUCACUUGUAAUGCUGUCUGUGCAUUCCGAAAAAGUUUGUGUUGCAUGCCACAACAAGAGGAGCCCGGUUUGUGCUCCGCGGAGAAGGCGUUUCUCAUGCGGAAUAGGCAUCAUGCCGGCCUCGAAAAUUUUGCGAUGCUCGGUCAUGCAUUGCAGGCCUCGUUGGUCGUGGUCCUGCAAAAAAUGCACGACAAACCUGGCAAUUCUCCUGACCCAGACGCAUUUGCAGUGCAUAGCAAGAAAACUGCCGCUGUGGAUCAGCUUCGCGAACAGAACCCGAUGCUGUGGAACGUUACCCGAUUUCACCCGAUUAUCAAACAAAAAAGUGUUUAACAUUAACGGUUUUCUUUCACAGAUGGCAGUUAUGCAUUACAAAUUUUGCCUUCAUGCAUGCUAUGCAAUACAAAUUCACGCCGCACCUUUUCUGAUGCAUCACUGCAUCACACAUUCCGUUCACGUCAACAGUUUUCCAUCUGAUACCGAUUUGGGCCUUGUUGGAAAUCUGUCUCGGGGUUGUCGCAGCUCGGGAGGUGAUGCUCGAUGACGUCGAAAAGGACCAGGACGGUGAUAAUAAUAGUAGUGCUGGUUCAAAUAGCAGUUUGCUGCAGCCGUCUAACAAUGCAGUUGCACCCCCGUCGAGCAAGCAAGACGUUGGCCAUUCCCCGCCGAACAGUAGCGCGAGUCAAGCUUAUCCCCGAAAAAAAAAGCCAUCCCCAACAUUCAAUCUGUCAUAGUUUAGUACAAAAGAACAUGCAUCAAGUCCAGUGUUUGUCAUCAGAAGAAUGGAUGUUGCGGAUGGGUUUUUUUUCUUUCGAUAGAGCCGACGAGGACUUCAUCGAUGCGAUCGAGCGAAGGAAGGUAAUUGAGGCGGAGGAGAUUAUGCGAAGAAAAAAGUGUUACAGCUGCACAUUGUAUUGCGAAACAAGCUAGACAGGCAACCUUUGUCAUGCAGGAAAUGCUUGCCAGCCUCCUUUCAUUCGUGUUUUCCCUUACAAUAGUCUGCGCGUCACAGGUUUUCUUUACCAUAUCGCGCAACUUUGUGAUGCAGAUACUCCAACAAAUGUGUAACUGUAACUAAACACUUUUUUCGUGGGAUAGAGAUGAAAGAAAAAUCAUCAACAAACAGCAUGUUGCAACAACUUCUCCGAAAAAUCAAACAUCUGCUCAAGAAGGAAUGCAGCAAAAAGAACCCGCUUUUCUACUACUUCGCGGCGCACGCCGCGUUACUGCUCCGCCUGACAGACAAGCUCGCGCUAAACGGAACGCUGGUAAGAUCCGUUUUCUUCCUGCCGCUUUACGCAAAGUUUUUGCAGCAGCUGCACAAGGAUCACGCGAGGCUGCACAGUGCGGCCGUGCUGAAGACUACACCGACCACUCCAGGGACGACGCCUGCGCAAAUACAGCAACUACAGAUGGUGAAAAACAGCAAGAGAAGUUGUGGCGCGACAUCAACCGAAAACAACUAUUCCGAACAAGCAGAAAAAACCGAUGAACUUUUUCUCUUCACCAAGUUUCUAUCAACCAGCAAAAUGAAACACGUCGGGUCUCUGGCGUUUCCGAUGUUUAUGUGCCACGGACCCAUCGGGCAGCUGUUUUACAAGAAGGCCAUCGUGACGAAAUUGUUCUCGGAAGAGUUUCGAUUGAAAUACAUCAAGAACACGCCGAAACGGUUUUUCCUGUUCUACUUGCUCCUGGUCACGGUCUCCGCGCACGUUUUGCAGGAAGGGUUUCUGAAGAACAAAAUGGUGAUAGCCUUGGUGAAGAAAGUAACCAAAUUUUUAGCCAGUAACUGUAAAGGAAUGCUGGGGGAUAAUGAAUGAAAUAGGAUGCUGCUCAGAUCGUGUCCGUGCGUUUUCUCGACGUUUAUUCUAAGGUGCCUAUAAUUUGGAGGCUUUUUAAAAGAACGCCUACGAAAUUUUUAUACCUAGGAAUAGGCACGAAAAACGAAACAGAAAUCGCAUUCACAAUCUGACUGGAAGCUGAUUGCUUAUUUCCAUCGGCUCCACUAACCGCAGCACUUGAACUUUUGAAGUGAUCACGUCAGCAAGUGCAAGUACUACUAGCUUCGGUGUCAAAGAU